AUGUGGAAUGAAAACGAUUGGUUCUAUCCGGAAAUGGAGAGCCGUUUUCGGCCUGUGCCUGGCUGGGUACGUCGUCCACCUCGUUUCCCACCGCCGUACGCUCGACCACCCGAAAUGCCGCCUCCGUUCGCUGCAAAGCCGGAUAUGAGUAUGAUGGGAGGUAUGCAUCCGUUCCGAAUGCCCAGAAUGCCUCCUGAUAUGGCCACACCGCAUGCAGGGCCAGCAAUGCCGCCGCCUCCGUUGCGACCAAUUCGCUCCAACCAUCCUCCUCUCUAUCAAGACUUCUCGGCCCCAGCUCGACCAGCACCUAUCAGUAUGAAUGUUCAAACUUCGGCUCUAAAGUGUUUGGUCGAAUGGAAAAUACCACCAUUGCCAAAAACACUGAAAUAUACUUAUCGAUUGGAGAUUUGGGAGGGUCUGCAAUGUGAUACAGUUGACUUGCCAGCACAGAAGCUUUCACAUCGAAUCAAGACGUCACCAGGUGGAUGGUAUAAGGUUGAGCUGAGUGCACGCGACGCGAACGGAAGUGUUGUUGCUGUGGGUCGUGCCAGUUUCAAAUCGGUGUUUUCACAUGACGAAAUGCUGCAAUUGUACAAGAAGGCGAUCGACUUUGUUGGCACUGUAAUGCACUCGUUCCGUUAUUUGUAUCGCUGUAAACCGAAAGUUUAUUAUGACGAUAUCCAGUUUCGUUGUGGUGGUUUGAUGGAAAAGUAUCUCAAGGAUAAUAACGGUCAAGCAGCAUCAUCGAUUAAUGGCGCAAUAAGUGGUAGUAAAUCGUUGUUUUUAGAUUUUACUAAUCCAGCCAUAAUUUUAGGUUUAUUCUUCUCGGCAAGACUUUUGCCUGACGGUAGUUUGCCAUCGCAUUCGCCAUUCGGUAAUGUGCGCAUGCUGGUGCCAGCAAUAACGCUGAUUGACCCAUCGCGCAUUAAUAUGUAUUUUUCGGAUUUUUAUUGCAACUACAUCACUCAUUAUGUAACGGUGGUCAUCUGUGAAAAGCGUUCUGAUACCGAUCUCUUCUGUAUGCAACGACUUAUCAAACUGCAACCCGAUUCGAAUCCAUUCCUGCGUAUCGUCAUUAGACCGCCGAUGUUUGAGCCUGAAUUUUGGGUGAACAAAAAUGUUUGGGUUGAGAUUUAUUAUACGGAGAAUGUUCCUUUAUCGUGGGGGCGUUUCGACACGAUUCUAGCGACUGGUGCGGGAACAUCGCGUGUUGGUGGUUUGCCACAUAAUAAGCAAUGUAAUCAGUGUAAUCUGUAUCCACUAAAAACAUCGUCACCAUCAUCAAAAUCACAUCUGACUAGUAAACUUAACUCAACAUUCGAAUUGUUGCUAUCGUUAGAACAGAAACGCGUUGGUACAGAUAUCGUUGGUGAUUCUGCGGAUUUGAUUGAAACAAUUUGUUCGUUGAUUGAUGCUGUUAUUGAGCAAACCUCUGAAGCAACCAGUCUGAAUAAUAAUAUGAACAACGACCGCUGUACGGAUGCAAAGCAAGCUGAUUCAAUGGAAUUCGUCGAGCCAGCUCUGUCUGUGGUGAAACGAGUUGAGCAUGAAGUGCAAACCGAAGAAAUGAAACAACUCAGCAGCGUGCUCAGAGAGGCAGUUGAACAUUUGGAUCGUAAUUUUCAGCGUAUUGAAGAACAAAUUCAAGUGACGAAUCAAUCGAUGGAACGUUUCCUUACUUUGGUCCAUUGA